AUGACGUCCUCCCUCGCCUUCCGCCCGUGGGACGUGGCCGCCUCCACCGAUCCUCCCCCGCUCAAAGAUACGCUCGCGCGAGUGGCGGCGGAGCGGGGACAUUUCCGCGACAUCACCGAAGCCGCUCUCCUCGCCGAAAUCGAAGCGAAUUCCUCGUCGUCGGAGAAGGAUGAUGAUGAAGAUGACAACGACGACACAUCCGACACUUCGGCCGAUAACGAAGCCGGUGGACAGGCGAAGACGGUGGGGGAAUUGUACACGAGCAGGAAUGAAAUGCUCACCUACAUCAAUGCCGCCCAGCAGGAAAUCGCCAUGGCUCUCGACUUUGUGUCCCUUCUCUCCACCGUUCAAUUCCCUGCGGCAGCGACGACCAUCUCUCCCAUGUUGAAGAAUCAGGGCAUUCCCAUGGCGAGUCUGGGGAUGGAUUUCUGGCACAAAAUGCCCGCGGAUCCCGUACGAGAGGAGGAAGAGGCGAAAUUGGCGAGGGCCGUGAGAUUCUCGCAGCUGAGGGAGAGCGCGGACGAUCUUCUGGCUGCCGCAGAGAGAUUGGAGGGCAAUGUCAGGCGGGAGCGGGUGUUUUGGGAGCAGAUUUUGGGGGUUGAGGAGAGGGGAUGGAGGGUCAGUCGCAUUCCUCGCGCCCACGGUUUGCUGGGUGUCCACUUUGGUUUCAAUGGCGCCGCGAGGGAAUUUGCCGAGAGAGAUUUGGCGGCGUUGGUGGCGGGAGAGGAAGAUGGCGGAAUUGUCUUGGAGAGAGGCGUCGGCACCAAACCAAAGGCCAUGAGGGUGUUGAUUAAGAAGGAUGGCAGGGUGGUCGGGUCUUCAAACUUACCCAACGAGAAAUUCGAUGGGGAAGAAGCUGGUCUCGAGGCUAGAAUUCGAGCUGCGAGAGACUCCCUCUUCGAUGAGGAACUGCAACAUGAAAUGGUGCGAGAAGCGAGAGGUCUCCUCUCACUGGGAGUCAACAUGCAGGGGAACACCCUCUCCUUCCCCGCCGACGACAACCACACCAAAACUAUCGACCUCCAACUCAUUUCCCUCGAUGAAGACAAUUCCCUCCCACCGGAUUCCCUCCACGGCUCCGACGACAUGGCCCAAGCUCUCCUCCUCUCCGCCCGCCUUCUCCUCUCCCACUCCCACCGCGAAACUCUCGCCCGGAGAUCCCAACCUCCCCCUCCCAUGUCGGAGAAAAAAGACACCGAAACCCCGGUCCUCGCUCUCCUGCGUCCUCUGUUGAGAAUACUGAAGCACGUCAACGAUAUCUUCGUGCUAAAUACAUACCUCACAAACUUACAAACCGUCCUCGGACAUGCAGACAUAGACAUCAGAUCUACCCCCGCAAAAUUCACCCUCCCUCUCCCCUCAACCCCGGAUUCCGCAACGCUAAUAACAACUCUCCUACAACCCCUCCGCACGACCGCCAAUCUCACCCUCCCUGGUAUCGAAACUUCGCCAAUGACGUUAGAUUUCCGAAUCGAAACUUCCCCCACGACGCAUUCCUACACCCUCAUCCUCUCAACAGAAAAUCAAACCUACAACCUCCUCACCCUCGAAGACCUCUUCGAAGCCGCAGAUGACUUCCUCGCCGCGGAACUCAUCGCUCGUCUCCACUCCGCCUCUCCCAUCCAAGGCGCCGUCUGGGAAUUGGAUAAACGCGAAGGCAUCAUGAUGCGUCUGGGGCCCAAUGGCGAAGAUGACCGGGAAAUUUUCAGCUGUAGAAUCUGGGGUCAGCAGGGCAAGAUGGAGUUGCACAGGGAGGGCGCAGAUGGCAUGCAUGUGGUGUGGGGUGGGGAGAGGGAGGAGCUGAUGAGUUUGUGGCAGGCUUGGAGGGAGGUUGUUCCGGCGGUGGAUCUCGAUUCGCAUGCUGCGGAAGAGGAGAGAUAG